UAAUUAAAUACUUGACGUUACAGUUCAGAGUUCAGACUUAGAUGCUACCUAUAUCUCAACCGACCGGUUUAACCACAAGAGCUAGCUACUUGGGAGUUGUAACGCAGCGCUCACCACAUCUACCAAAACUUUCCCACACCGACAUGUCGAGAUCCUUAGCUCUCGUUUACUUAUCCAUACUUUUCCUUCAGACCCUUCUCUCGAUCGCCGUCGAGGCUACAGUUUCGUCGGUCACUAAAGAAGUCGACGCAAUGCUCGACCGGAACGGCGUAAUCGGGGAAGAAGGAGAGGAGAUGAUGCCAUCGGAGAUAAGUCGGAGAGUAAUGAUGAUGCGGAAACAGUACAUAAGCUACGGAACUCUAAAGAGAGACAUGGUUCCUUGUCAGAAACCUGGUGCUUCCUACUACGCUUGUCGCUCAGGACAAGCCAAUUCUUACAGCCGAGGAUGCAACGUCAUUACAAGGUGUGCUAGAGACACUAGCGACAUCAAGACCUGAAAACAUUUUUUUCCGCUUAUCUAUAAAAUGCGGUUCUUGAUUAUGAGUUUGAUAUGGUCUCUCUAAGGCUGAGCAAGGCAAGUUUAAUAGUAUCUCUUUUGUAAUGUUGUUGUUUACAGCAGAAGGGUUAUAUAGUUUUUAUGUAAUCAAUGGUGAAAUAACUGACUAGAAUUGUUAAGUGGAUUGAUAGAUGGAAAGAUCGAUAAAGUUGAAGUUCUUAAAGCUUGUUUUAGGGGUUCAUGGACCAAAGUCAGAAAUUUCUGGCAGGGUCUGUGAAUAAUUAAAAUGAUUCUUGUGGGAGAAUUAAAUUUCUAGAUUGAAUUGAGAUCUUUGUUGACUGGAGACGACUAGCAAUUGAUAUGAAUGCAUAUGCUGCAAAAUAAUUUGUAAAUAAUUUGUUUUCUCUCUUUGAAUUAGAAAGCUUGGUUUGGUCGUUCUUGCCAAGUUCAAGAACCUGACUAUUAGGUUCUCUCCAUCAAACUUAAUAGAGUUUCAGCUGAGUCUUGAGUUUAUAAUUAUGGAUGUUUUUUUGGAUGAUGUUUAAAAGUUUUCAAUAGUUUUAUGAGAUUUUGAUAACUCUUGAAUCAUUUUUAAAAAAAAUUAUAAACAAUCAAAAAUAAGCCUAACCAUAGUGUAAAACAUAAUUAAAUUAUCUUGAGAUUAUAUAAAAUUAAAAAAGGAAAAACAAAACAAAACAUAAAACAGCCUCUCAAAACCAAAGAACAACAACCCCUUAUUGAUACCAAUAUUUGAUCAACUUCAUAAGAAGACCAAUAUCUCAUAUUUCCCCAACCAGACCAGACCCGAACCAACUCAAACAAUUGCCAUUUGGAUUAUAACCAAAUGGUAAAAUCAUAAAACCAUAC